AUGGACGGAGAACGAAAAGUAAAUCUCAGCGAAGGAGUCCCUCUUAAUUCUUCAGGUGGUGCGAAUAUAUUUUUGAAUGCGGGUAAAAAUAAUAAAUUAAACGACGGGACUGUUAUACAUCUGACGACAGAAAAGCCUACAGACGUCGGUGUCCAUAUCAAUACUACGUUUUCUAUAGCGUCUUCCAAGAAAAUAAAGCUUUUGUUCAUAUUGAACUUUCUGCUCAGUGUGAUAUGUAUGAUAAUAAGUUGUUCCAUUGCGUUUUAUUACUGGAACGAGAUGACGUCCAUGCGGCGACAACUGGAUGUAUUAAGAGAUCAGUUUUUAAUACAAAACUUGAAAGAUGGAUUAAUCAAUAACGAGAAACCUCUUCAGAGUCCAUUGGUUUCCCACUUAAGGCCACCAGCAAAAAGACUGGAACAUCGCGAGGGUCGCUCUGGCAUCGAUAAAAAUGAUAUAUCGCCAAAUGCUAGACGAUACUUCGUCGAGGAUCUUGGUGAAGACAUGCUCCUUGUGGAUUCAAGUAAAAAAUCCCCUAGUCAAUCUGUAGCACAGAUACAAGAUUUACCUGUAUUCCACAAAGAGCCUCUCAUCGUUCAAUUUAAUGGUGCCAUGCCUGAACUUAACCUGGGUACACAAUCUUUAAUCGGCCCUUGGGUUAGAGACCUGGAGGUGUCAACAAAGGACAGUGAAAAUAAAAUAGAACUCACAAAUAAUUACUUCAUCAUCAAAGAAAGUGGUUUAUACAUAAUAUAUGCUCAAGUGGUAUAUCUGACUCACGCACCAAACUGCUACUUUAUUUGGGCUCGGCAGCCAGCACUUAAACCUAGAUUGAUCACAACCUGUGCCACCGGUGACGAUGCUAGUGCUAGACCAUUGGAUAAAUCCCAAAUAUCAUGCUCAGUACAAACGGUGGCUCGUCUCUACAAAGGAGACACCGUUAAUAUGGCCCAAAGAGAACAUAAUAGAACGCUAUGGCUGAUACCUGGUUAUACAUACUUUGGAUUUGUUAAAAUUAGUUCCUAA